UUUCCUGCGGAAACCAUGCCGGCUAAGCCAGCCCCCAUCAAGAAGGCGGUCAAGAAGGAGGCCAAGAAGGAGGUCAAGAAAGAGGAACCAGCUCCUGCGCCAGCGCCAGAGCCUGCACCCGAGGCUCCUCCUGCUGAAGCUCCACCAGCUGAGGCUCCCCCAGCCGAGGCACCACCAGCUGAGGCUCCUCCUGCUGAAGCUCCACCAGCCGAGGCACCCAAGGCACCAACUCCCCCUCCUCCAGAAGCUGCUGCUGAGGCUCCACCAGCUGAGGAGGUCAAAGCUCCUACCCCACCUCCGCCUGCAGAGCCCACCAGUGAGCCACUGGAGCUGGUAGUGGAGGAUGUCAACGAUACUUCAGUCACUAUCCAGUGGAGGCCUCCUGCUACUAUUGGCAACGCCGGCUUGGACGGAUACACCGUGGAAUGCUGCAAAGAAGGAACUGGUGACUGGAAGGCUGUGAACGAGGAGCUCACAGUGUCUUGCCGUUAUGUCAUUAAGAACCAGACCACUGGUGACCGUUUGAACAUCAGGGUGGUGGCUGUGAAUGCCGGCGGACGUAGCCCCCCUGCCACUUUGCCUGAUGCUGUCCUGGUCAGAGAGGUGGUUGACCGCCCCAAGAUUCACCUGCCACGUAUUCUGAGACAGCGCUAUGUGAUGAAUGUUGGAGAGAAGGUCAAUCUUGUCAUCCCCUUCAUUGGCAAACCCCAGCCUGCGGUCACCUGGACAAAAGAUGGCCAGCCUAUCGACACCAAGAGAGUGAACAUCCGCAACACCGACAAAGACAGCAUCUUCUUCAUCCGUACCUCAGAGAGAGCUGACUCUGGUGUCUAUGAGAUGUGUGUUAAGGUGGACAGCUUUGAGGACAAAGCUCAGAUAACUCUGCAGAUCAUUGAGCUGCCAGGUCCACCAGCAAGUGUUAAGAUUGUGGACACUUGGGGUUUCAACGUGGCUCUGGAAUGGACCGAGCCCAAGGACAAUGGAAAUACAACCAUCACUGGAUACACAAUCCAGAAAGCUGACAAGAAGACUGGGGACUGGUUCACAGUGUUGGAGCACUAUCACAGGAUGAACGCCACUAUCUCAGACCUCAUCAUGGGAAAUACUUACACUUUCAGGGUCUUCUCUGAGAACAAGUGUGGAAUGAGUGAACAGGCCACUGUUACAAAGGCCUCUGCCACCAUCCAGAAGACAGGUAUUGACUAUAAGCCACCACUGUACAAAGAGCAUGACUUCACUGAGGCCCCCAAGUUCACCACUCCCAUACAAGACCGCAGCACCACUGUGGGCUACAGUACCAAGCUGCUGUGCUCCGUCAGAGGAUUCCCUAAGCCCAAGAUCAUAUGGAUGAAAAAUCAGAUGAUCAUUGGUGAUGACCCUAAGUUCAGGCAGAUCAACAACCAGGGCAUCUGCUCUCUGGAGAUUCGCAAGCCUGGUAACUUUGACGGUGGUGUGUACUCCUGCAGAGCCACAAACGAACACGGAGAGGCUACUGUCUCCUGCAAGCUGGAGGUCAAACAGCCAGUGAUUGCCGAUGCUGACAAAAAAUAAGUUGUAAAGCCACAUUCAUGCAGUCCCAAAUUAGGAGCAGCAGGAAGAGAGUGAGUCCUUUCAAAAGGAUCUUGAAGACACUGGUUGCCGAAAUGAAAAAAAAACAUGAACUGUACAUAUGAAGACAAAAAUAAAGAGACAUUUAUCGCCUUUUUCGUAUGUAACACUCUGGCUCUUAUAUUCACAUAGGGAAGUAUAUACACCAUUGACUGCUUGUGGUUGAGACAUCUAUUUAAAUAUUUGUGUCUAUUUAUGUGUCUGUUUCCCCCAUACCUGUCACUGUCCUAUAUUGUAAAGCUGAUCAAGUUUCCACCAGUUCUAUGGGAUCAUCUGCAAAAAGGGGAAACUCGUUCAACUUUUCAGUGUUUGUUAAAAAUAAAUUCACGCCUUCGA